AUGGAUCGCACAGCAGAUUUUAAGAGACGGGUCAUCCACUUUAUGAGGGUGUCACCGCCAAUACCAACAGAAGACCGUACAACAACGUCAGAACACUAUGCCGUCGAUCGUUUCUCGCUAAUAUCGGCAAAUGUUUUCUCGCAGUUACAAACUCUCAGCAAACUAGUAGAACCAUAUACUGUGGUAAUUCCAACAGGGGCUUCGAGGGACCUAGUAGGAGGUGAAGUUGAUAUUCCCCUUGCAGCUAAUCCAAUCUGUUUCAUACAAAAUAAACGAAGAUUGUUUGAACAGACAGAUAUCAAGGAUAUAGUAAAUGAUAUACGUGUAGCUGGGGACCUCGUUAAACAAAUGUCUAACAGUAUCGAAGAGGAAUUGAAACGAUCGAAAAACAAAACAAUUUCUAGACAACUUCAAGAACACCGUAUAGGUGUAAUCGCAUGUUUACAACAUAAACUCAAAACAGUACAGACCGAUGUGGAAGAAUAUGAAAGAUAUAGGUUAAAAGUAGAAACGAACCUAAAUGUAGCUCUAAGAGUCAUGACAGAAAAUCGUGUCAAGGAAUAUCGCAUGGAUCAAUCGCAACAUGACAAUGCAGAAAAACAUAUCAUCUCCGAAGAUUAUCUCAACUUAUUCGUUAAGGAUAACGGAGGGGUCAAUACAGCUAGAAAAACUGAUGCUAUCUCAAGAUCAAACUGUGGCAUUUUAUCGCCUGCGGCAUCACCGCAAAUAGGAGCUACAGAUGCAUCCGCAAUCAUCUCAGCAAGGUCACGACAGAUGGCAAUGCUACCGGAUUCACGAUUUGCGGCACAGUUAGAUUAUAUGGACGCGCCAAGCGAACAGGAUCUACAGAUGUUGGAAAUGCAACAUAAGGCGUUGGUACAACGAGUCAACGAAUCAGUACAGGCAGCUGAAAUUAGCACUAUAGAUGGCGUACAGCGAAGACUAUCGGAAAUUUCAUCCAUGUUCGAACAGUUUAGUGGCACUCUAGCUGUACAGCUAGAUAUGUUUGAGUGUAUCAAUGCCAACGUUAUGGAAUCGCUCUCUAACAUUGAGACCACAGAAAACUCAUUAAAGAAAACAGAUAAUGAAGGCAUGUCGUUCCUACAGCUGAUGAUGUGCUACUCGUUCGUUGGAACUGCAAUAUUCCUGCUACUCGUGGACUAUCUCAAGAGUGGCAGAGGUAGCUAUAUGUUCUAA